AUGGCAUUUAGAAUAUCUUCAGGACUAUGGGACAGAAUCCACCACUUUGCAUCCUUCCCCCAGACAGGAGUCUCGCUCCAGCAGAUGGUCCUCUUUGGCCAGAACCCGUCGCAGGGAACCCUCCUCAAGGCCUCCCAAUUUCUAGCAAGCGAGCUGCCCGUUCGUUUGGCCCACCGUGUCAAGGAGCUCGACCAAUUACCCCACAAUCUCUCAGACAUGCCCUCAAUCGUCAGAGUAAAGAACUGGUAUGCUCAGUCCUUUGAGGAACUCAUAAGCUUCCCUCAAGUCUCCCUUGAUCCUCCCACCCGAGAAGCUCUCUCUGCUUGCUCAGACAACAUUUACCUCCCAGAAUCAACCCCUAAUCCCUCCUUGACCGCCUUGGACGACUAUGAACAUCCCCUCCACAAACCGACCAGCUCCACCAACGGGCUCGGUAACGUCAAGCUCCGCGUGCCUGUCGAACGAAGAUACUACGCAAAGACUAGCACCGUCGAAUGGCCACCACAGAUCCGUGACUAUAACGAUCGCUUCACCCGCACUCUCGAGGCCAUCAAGCGUCGCCAUGACCCAACCGUCACCACCGUUGCCCAAGGCGUCCUCGAGUGGAAGCAGUCCCAGAAUGCCAAGAACAUUGGCUAUGAUAUCCAAGCCUGGCUUGAUCGUUUCUACAUGUCACGCAUUGGAAUCCGUUUCUUGAUCGGUCAACACGUCGCUCUCAAUACGCAGCAACCCCACAAAGACUAUGUCGGAAUAAUAUGCACCAACGCAAACGUCCACGACAUCGUUCAUGAAGCGAUCGAAAACGCGCGUUUCGUCUGUGAGGAACACUAUGCCAUGUUCAAAGGGCCCCCUGUCCAGCUUAUCUGCCCACGCGAGCUCUCCUUCCCAUACGUUCCAGGCCAUCUGUCCCACAUCUGCUUCGAGCUGCUCAAGAACUCUCUCCGAGCUGUCGUUGAGAGGUAUGGUCCUCAAAACGAGGACUCGUUCCCGCCCAUCCGUGUCGUCGUCGUCGAGGGCAAGGAGGACAUCACCAUCAAGAUCUCGGACGAGGGCGGCGGCAUCCCUCGGUCUGCGAUCCCGCUCAUCUGGACGUACAUGUACACCACGAUGGAAGCCAAGGCGAUCGAGGCCGACUUCCAGGCGUCUGAUUUCCAGGCCCCCAUGGCUGGGUUCGGGUACGGCCUACCCUUGUCGCGCCUGUACGCGCGCUACUUUGGCGGAGACCUCCGCCUGAUUUCGAUGGAUGGCUUUGGCACCGACGUCUACAUCCACCUCAACCGCCUCUCGAGCAACCGAGAGCCACUCCCUUAGCUCACACACUAAUUGCCCGUUUCUUGAUGACGGCGACUAUGACAUGUAAUGUAAUGUAUUGGUAUAUUCACUGUACUGUAUUCUACUCUCCAUAAAUGCGCUGAUUAUGAUGCAAUCCACUGUUCCUUCC